GCCAACUUUGCAGUUUACAGAUUAACCGCUAGAUGGUAGCAUCGUAUCCUAAAUAAAACCUAAGUCUACAAGGAACCGGAAACAAAUAUUAAAAUGUUAAAUAUUUGUUACCAGAAAAAUACUGUCUAUGGAAAAAGAGGAUGGAAAGCUUAGAAUCUGCUUUGCCACGUAACGUCCACAAAGAGAUAAACGUUACGUCGCGGUUCAAGCCUUAAGCAGACUCCUAAACAUUGUUCCUGUCCUGGAAAUUGUAUCGAUAAAGUUUGAAUUUGAACCGUCUAUCACUGCUAAAAUGAUGGCGGCUGAUCAAACUGUGGACGGAGUUCCUCCUUCACUGUCUGCUAAGGUGGUUGGGUCAUUUGCCUAUUUGACCGUGAGAGACAGAUUGCCGACCAUCCUGACUAAAGUUAUAGACACAAUACAUCGCAACAAAAACAAGUUUUUUGAAGAAUAUGGAGAGGAGGGUAUUCAGGCAGAGAAGCAAACAAUAGGUCUGCUGUCUAAGAUGAGGAAUGAGCUGCAAACUGAUAAGCCAGUACUAGCACUAACGGACACUCUACAAGACGCAGAGUACUGGAACCAGUACCUGCAGAAACAACAGAAACUGCAAGGAGACGAGGAGUCCGUCAGCUGGUUCAAGUCUCCUUGGCUUUAUGUGGAGUGCUACAUGUACCGCAGGGUACAGGAGGCCCUGUGGCUCAAUCCUCCCAUCAGUGACUAUGACGUGUUUAAUGAGGGAAAGACUCAAAGCUUUUUUGAGUCUCAGCAGGCUAUGAUGGCCUUAUGUACAUACUUGGAGGGAAUCAACAAGAACAUGGAGGAUCUCUCCAAGAAUCAGCUGUUGGAGCAUUUUAACAAACUGCUACAGGUUUCUCUAUGGGGAAACAAGUGUGAUUUGUCUAUCUCUGCUGGCCAAGACAACUCACAGAAGACCAGUCCAAUAGAUUCCCUCAACAGCCUACAACCCUUCAUCUUGGUGAAUGACUCCAACAUGGUAUGGUCAACUCUUAUUUCUGCCCAGAGGCCAGGACAGUCAGAGAAAACUACUGCAGUCAGAGUGGACAUUGUUCUAGACAAUGCUGGUUUUGAGUUAUUCACUGACUUGGUCCUAGCAGAUUUCCUGGUUUCCUCUGGCCUUGCCCAUGAGGUCCACUUUCACGGCAAAUCCAUCCCGUGGUUUGUCUCUGAUGUCACAGCUAACGAUUUUCAGUGGACCAUCCAGCAGACCAUGGCUGCCAAUCACAAGUGGAUGUCAAAGAAUGGUGUCCAGUGGAAGAGCCACCUGAAGGAGGGCGUGUGGUUCUAUCAUGAUCAUCGUUUCUGGACACAGCCCCAUGAGUUCUGUGACAUGGCAAUGGAUGCUCCGGACCUGUACGCGACCCUGCAGGGGGCAGACCUGCUGCUGUUUAAAGGUGAUCUCAACUACAGAAAGCUGACGGGGGACAGGGACUGGGAUUACACAGUGGGCUUCAGUACUGCACUGCAAGGUUUUGGACCUGCACCACUGUGUAGCUUGCGGACUCUCAAGGCCAACGUUCAGGUCGGUCUGCAGCCAGGCCAAGGGGAGAAGCUUGGCUCCCAAGAUCCAGACUGGAUGACCAGCGGCAAAUACGCUGUAAUUCAGUUCUACGGCUCAAAGUCAGAACAGAAGGACUGACCCCAGGAUCUCGCUGGCUUAUGAAUGCAAGAUGUGCAUUCAUAAGAACGUUACAGUAAGAAGUACCAUAAGAAGGAGUUACCUUUUAAGCCAUAAGACCAUUAAGUUACAUGAGUUUGUUAAAUGGUAUCUUUGUUCUCAUUGUUAGUUAGUACUUCAUCAUGUUUGAUACAGAAAUACAGUUGCAGAAAUAUAUAUUAGCUAUUUUCACAACACAUUUGUACCAUGUCGUCCUUAAAAUGUUAGCACUUAGAUCUAAUGAUUCCCAAUGAUUUCAUCACAAUGUUUACAGUGACAAAUUAAUCUUCGAGGUAACAAAUUAGGGUUGCUUGAUAUUGCAAAUAGGCUUAUGUGUUGUGCACAAUAUAUUAAGUCAUAAUGUUUACAGGUUAGUGUAGAGGUUGUGAACAAUUGGGUAAGAAUUGGGCUUUAUAAAUCUUAAAUACUUUUCUUUUUUUGCAUACAGUUGAGGAAAGUGAUGAUAAAUGUAAUAUAUAGUUAUUUUUAUUUUAACUCAGCUAGGGUUGAUUUACUGUUUCACUCAGUGUCAUUGAUAUGCAUGCAUCGAAACAGUUCAUGACAUUCAUUUGAUAACGGUUUUGAUCAGUUUGAAAGAUGGUAGACUGUUAUUUCAUGCAGUGUAACCCUAACAGUGAUGACAUGCACUUGUUUUGUUUAAAAUGACAACCCAGACCUCUGUAUCUUCAUAGAUAAAAGUGGAUGUCUCUGUGCACACUGUUAUGUCAUCUAAAUUCUCAUUGUCCAUGUCAGUACCUCCAGAGGUGAUGUGAACUGGAUUCUUCUCAGUGCUGCUGGGGGAAAUUAUAUAAUUUUCAUAAGUGGGUUUGAUUUAAUAAAGAAUUGCAUUGACUGGU